AUGUGGGAGCGGAUAAUAGGUUCACGUAUUGCGGCGAUGUCCAAGAUAACCGAAAACCAGUUAGGAUUUACAGCGGGAAAGUCUACUACAGAAGCCAUCCAAACUAUUCGGAUACUUAUGGAGAAACAUCGCUGUAAUCAAGAAAACUUGUACCUCCUUUUUAUCGAUCUCGAGAAAGCGUUUGACCGAGUUCCCAGAAAGUUGGUCUGGCAGUCCCUACGCGCUCAAGGUACCCCUGAAGCGUAUAUCACUUUAGUUCAGGAUAUGUAUAAUAGGAUCUUCACACAAAUCAAAAGCCCAGCUGGAUUGAGUGGCCCAUUUCAGGUUGGAGUAGGCGUACAUCAAGGGUCAGCACUUAGCCCGCUGCUCUUCAAUCUGUCAAUGGACUACAUAACACGCAGUAUCCAGGCGCCAACUCCGUGGUGCAUACUAUAUGCAGAUGAUAUUGUGCUGAUCACCAAACGCGCCUCUGAACUGCAGGAAUCUCUAAACAAGUGGCUUAAAGAGAUCGAGCGUCACGGUUUGCGCAUCAGUAGAACGAAGACUGAGUAUAUGGAGUGUGACUAUGAAGGAACGGAAGAUACCAACUGUGACAUACUCAUAGAAGAUAAGGUAUUGCCGAAAGCAUCGCACUUCAAAUACCUCGGCUCAGUUGUGACGGCAAACGCAAACGUAGACAAUGAUGUCACCCAUCGAGUGAAUUCAGCAUGGCUAAAGUGGAGAUCUUUGUCCGGCGUUCUGUGCGACCCCAAAAUGCCAAUAAAGACAAAAGGAAAAAUAUAUAAGACCGCCGUUAGACCUGCAAUGAUGUAUGGAGCAGAAUGCUGGACCGCUAAGAAAGUGCAUGAACAAAAACUCCACGUGGCGGAAAUGAAAAUGCUUAGAAGAACUGACCACCUAACAAAAUUGAUAGUGAAAACCUGCCCCGAUUCAAAAAUAGCUGAAAGUUUAAAAUGCUCGCGUCCCAGGGUACAAGCUAUCGUUGACAACGUUAUCGGUGAAGAAAGUUUCAAGGCUCUCUGCGAAGACUUACGAAACAAUAAGUUUUCUUUAAUAAUCGAUGAAUCUACCGACAGGAGUACUACUAAACAUUUGUGCUUAGUCGUCAGGUAUGUUAAAAAUUACCAAGUAAGAGAUAGUUUCUUAGGACUUAUCCCACUUGUAACAGCAGAUGCAGCUACAUUAUACAAUAACAUCAUAGACUUUUUUAAAGUGCAUAAUAUUCCAUAUGAACAAAAUUUGAUCGGUUUUGCUUCCGAUGGUGCCAAUGUAAUGAUGGGUUCAAAUAACUCUGUUAUGACAUUAUUGACUAACGAAUUAAAGGAAUUGUUUGUUAUGAAAUGCAUCUGCCAUUCCUUCCAUUUAUGUGCCUCUUAUGCUUGUAGCAAAAUACCACGAUUUGUUGAAGACACCAUAAGAGAUAUUUAUAAUUAUUUUUCUUCAAGUCCUAAGAGGGUUGGAAUGUACAGAGAAUUUCAAAUAUUUUGUGAAUUAAAAAUUCAUAAAAUACUACAUCCUUGUCAGACCAGGUGGCUGUCAGUGCAUGCAGCUGUAUCAAGGGUCUUGGAGCAGUAUCAAGCUUUAAAGUUGUUUUUUAUUGACGCUUCAUUAAACGACGAAGUACUGGCAGCUACCAAUAUAUUACAAAAAAUAAAUGACCCAGUCACAUUACUAUUUCUGCAAUUCUUAGACUUCGUAUUACCUAUUUUUAACAAAUUAAACAAAGAGAUGCAAUCAGAACACGCAAAAAUACAUGUUUUGUAUGAUCAAGUCUGUACAUGUCUAAAAACGCUGUUUGAGUGCUUUUUAAAAAGAGAUUAUGUCAAAAACACUGUCUUAGAAAAGAUUGAAUAUAAAAAUCCACACAUGUUUUUAAAUCUAGACGAUAUGUACUUCGGAGCAAACGCCAUGGGCACUCUUUUAAAAGAUAAAAAUCUGACUUCUGACCAAACGCAUUUAUUCAAGACAAGAUGCUUACAAUUUUUUAUAGAAGCAUGUGACCAGAUUAUUGCAAGAUUUCCAAUCAAAAAUAACCCAAUUCAACACUUCAGUGCAUUUUGUCCAGAAAAUGUAAAAAAGGGUGAACGACCGUCAAUUGUGGACGUAGUGGCAAUGUUUCCAAAAUUACACGAUAGUCCAAAUUAUCAAGAAAUAGACACAGAAUGGCGUUUGCUCCGUAAUACAAAAGAUAUAAGUAAGUUUUCUGACAACAUUGAAGAAUUCUGGAUGAGUGUGUCAACACUUAAAUGCGGUGAUAACUCGGCAAUGUUUCCAAAAUUAUCUGCAUUUGUAUUUAACAUUUUAGUGUUGCCACACUCAUCUGCUAAUGUGGAAAGAGUCUUUUCAUCAAUAAAUUUAAUGAAAACCUGUCAACGCAAUAGACUGUGUACCCGAUCCAUAAUUGGAUUGUUGCACACAAAACAAUAUAUUGACAAAAAUAAUUGUUAUAAUUUUCCAAUUGGAAAAGAAUUACAUUUAAAAAUGUCCCAGAAGGGUUGGUAUACUAUACAAACGAAUGAAUAAAAACUGUUUUUUCACUUAUUUUA